AGGUACAGCACUUGGGAACCAGAGGAGAACAUUUUGGAUGCAAGAUUGGUGUCCGCAUUUGAGGACAGGGAGAGAGAAAGGGAGAUGUAUGGACCGAAAAAAAGGGGUCCAAAGCCGAAAACGUUUCUUCUAAAGGCUCAAGCAAAAGCAAAUGCAAAGACAUAUGAAUUCCGAAAGGACUCUGCUCGUGGUGUAAGAGUUUCUUAUCCAGGUCGUCCUUCCCAGCAAGUCCCAUCUAGGUCAAGGGAAGGGUUAAGGAGUGCCCCAAAUCCUUUGCAAGAGAGCAGUGGGGCAAGUGAUAUCUUCAAAGAGAGAUUAGGCCAACCAGAUAAUGGAGAGGAGCGAUUUACUUUACAUUUUAAGAAAAAAAAAAUCACCGUGGAAAAGGACUCCAUAAAGAAGAUGCUCAAACCAUAAGAGUGUCUCCUACUAAUCAUAGUAGUCAGGUUGAACAUAUGUCUGGUUCUACCAGGGUACAUGAAGCAGGACAACUAAAAUAUAAAUCAACUUACAGUGUCAUACAGGUUGCAAGACGGCAGAACUCAGAAUUGGGGUCAACAAGCCAAACCGAUCUUUGUUUCACAUCUAAGGAACUUGGAGAUACACACACAAGACACGAUCAGAAGUCAAGUUAUGAUGGACAUACACAUAAGACAAAUUUUAGAAGUAAUACUAAAAGUUCCAACUCCCAAGAGACACUCAUGCCAAAAAAUAGGCACAACUCUGGAUACCAUCAACAGGUAUCUGAUUUCUACAAGGAUGCUUUGGUAACACAUAGGGGAAAGCCUUCUCUUAUUGCUCGUAUUCCUGUGGCCAGGAUACUUGGGGAACCAGAAGACGAGACUUGGAGACCCUCAGCAGACAACUUGGAGAAAGUAAUAGUUACAGAUGUGACGUCAAAUUUUCUGACUGUGACAAUAAAGGAA